GCCUCUCUCUCUCUCUCUCUGUCUCUCAUAAUUCUCUUCCUCUUCUCACAUAUUAUAUACAUCAUCUCAUUUCUACUUAUUGUUCUUCAUUGAUUUGCUUCCAUAAUCCAUCUUAAAAAAAUGAUGCUUCCAGGAGUUGAGUGCGCAAGAAAGAGACGAUUGCAUCAAAGCAGAGGAGGAGGCUAUGAUUCCACAACAAUACGUUCAUUCUGUUUAUAUACAAGAAACCUCAAAUCCACCACUUCAUCACUAGUACCCUCUCUACUGCAGGAAAGAAGCAUGAGGCAAACAUAUCCAGAUGAGAAACUAGGAAGAUCAGCAAGAGAAGCCAAAAGGAGAUUAGAUGAGAAGUUUACAGCAAGUAUGAAAUCAGAAAAUCAAUUGAAUAAUCACAAAACUAAAAGUUUUUUUCGUGGUUUAUUUCACCAACUCAGAUCUUGAAACAGAUCAGAGCGUCUCUGUUUGUUUGGAAUUGAAAGAAAUUCAGUUUUGUUUUUGUAACAUGAAUUUCAUUCAAUAAAUAAUAAUUGAAUAUA